AUGCUUUUCCGCCAGUUUCCUGGGCAGAUGGGGCCGGCUGCUCCCUCCCCUGCUGCCUCUCCAGCGAUCGUCCCCAGCCGGCCCUGGGCCUGCGUGGAGCGGUAUGAGGUGGUGCUGCCGCGGCGUCUGCCAGGACCCCGAGUCCGCCGAGCUCUGCCCUCCCACGUGGGCCUGUACCCAGAGAGGGUGAGCUAUGUCCUUGGGGCCACAGGGCACAACUUCACUCUGCACCUUCGGAAGAACAGGGACCUGCUGGGCUCCGGCUACACGGAGACCUACACGGCUGCCAAUGGGUCCGAGGUGACGGAGCAGCCGCGCGGGCAGGACCACUGCUUCUACCAGGGCCAUGUGGAGGGGCACCCGGACUCAGCCGCCAGCCUCAGCACCUGUGCCGGCCUCAGGGGUUUCUUCCAGGUGGGCUCAGACCUGCACCUGAUCGAGCCCCUGGAUGAAGGUGGAGAGGGUGGGCGGCACGCCGUGUACCAGGCCGAGCACCUCCUGCAGACAGCUGGGACCUGCGGGGUCAGUGACGACAGCCUGGGCAGCCUCCUGGGGCCCCGGACGGCAGCCGUCUUCAGGCCUCAGCCCGGGGGCUCUCUGCCGUCCCGAGAGACGCGCUAUGUGGAGCUCUAUGUGGUCGUGGACAAUGCAGAGUUCCAGAUGCUGGGGAGCGAAGCAGCCGUGCGCCAUCGCGUGCUGGAGGUGGUGAACCACGUGGACAAGCUAUAUCAGAAACUCAACUUCCGUGUGGUCCUGGUGGGCCUGGAGAUUUGGAAUCGUCAGGACAGGUUCCACGUCAGCUCCGACCCCAAUGUCACACUGGAGAACCUCCUGGCCUGGCAGGCGCGGCGGCUGACACAGCGGCACCUGCAGGACAACGUGCAGCUCAUCACGGGCGUCGACUUCACUGGGACCACCGUGGGGCUUGCCAGGGUGUCUGCCAUGUGCUCCCACAGCUCAGGGGCUGUGAACCAGGACCACAGCAAGAACCCCGUGGGCGUGGCCUGCACCAUGGCCCACGAGAUGGGCCACAACCUGGGCAUGGACCACGACGAGAACGUCCAGGGCUGCCGCUGCUGGGAAGCCUCUGAGGCCAGCCGCUGCAUCAUGGCGGGCAGCAUUGGCUCCACGUUCCCCAGGAUGUUCAGUGACUGCAGCCGGGCCUACCUGGAGGGCUUUUUGGAGCGGCCACAGUCAGCCUGUCUCGCCAACGCCCCUGACCUCAGCCACCUGGUGGGCGGCCCUGUGUGCGGGAACCUGUUUGUAGAGCGUGGGGAGCAGUGCGACUGCGGCCCCCCCGAGGACUGCCGGAACCGCUGCUGCAACUCCACCACCUGCCAGCUGGCUGAGGGGGCCCAGUGUGCGCACGGUACCUGCUGCCAGGAGUGCAGGGUGAAGCCAGCUGGUGAGCCGUGCCGUCCCAAGAAGGACACAUGUGACCUCGAGGAGUUCUGUGACGGCCGGCACCCUGAGUGCCCAGAAGACGCCUUCCAGGAGAACGGCACGCCCUGCUUCGGGGGCUACUGCUACAACGGGACCUGCCCCACACUGACCCAGCAGUGCCAGGCCUUCUGGGGGCCAGGUGGGCGGGCUGCCGAGGAGUCCUGCUUCUCCUAUGACAUCCUACCAGGCUGCAAGACCAGCUGGUACAGGGCUGACAUGUGUGGCGUUCUGCAGUGCAAGGGCGGGCAGCAUCCCCCGGGGCGCACCAGCUGCAUCCUGAACCGUGUGUGCCACGCGCUCACCACAGAAGAUGGCACUGCCUAUGAGCUAGUGCCCGAGGGUACCCGGUGUGGACCAGAGAAGGUUUGCUGGAAGGGACGUUGCCAGGACUUACACGUUUACAGAUCCAGAAACUGCACGGCCUAUGGGUGCUGAGAAAGGCUGUGUCUCUGGGAACCUCCCCGGCCCCUGCCUGAGGUUGUGGCCUGAGGUGGGGCCGUGUGUCCCACAGCAUCCGGGAGCCUCCCUGUCAUCGUGGCGGUGGUUCUGGUGCUCCUGGCAGUUGUGGUCACCCUGGCAGGCAUCAUCGUCUACCGCAAAGCCCGGAGCCGCAUCCUGAGUGGCGGAGGGCGGAACGCGACUCCCAAGACCACCACGGGGCUCUCUAACCCCCUGUUUCACCAGGCUGCCAGCCGCAUGCCGGCCAAGCAGGGGGCUCCGGCCCCAACCAGGAGCCCCCAAGAGCAGGUCCCCACCACCCACGCGGGCCAGCCCGCCAGACACCUGGCCUCCUCGGUGGCUCUGAAGAGGCCGCCCCCUGCUCCUCCGGCCACUGUGUCCAGGCCACCCUUCCCAGUUCCUGUCUAUGCCCAGCAGGCACCAAAGCAGGCCUGCCAAGCCUCCAGCUUCCUUCAGCACGAAGAAUGA